AUGUCAGCAGUUUGUGGGUGGUAUGUUGUUAAAUUUAUCCAUGAAAAAAACACUAUUGAAGUUAUUCCAAAUAAUUGGAUGAUAAAUUUUGAGAAAUGUCUAUGGCCUUCACAUAUUGGAUUAUUAAAGAUGCAAGCAGCAAUCAAAAAUAGAUUAACUCCAAGUAAUGAUUGGUUUUCAUAUGCCAUUAAAGUGAUUUGUACCAGAAUGUUUUCUAACUAUAAUGAAGCCUCUAAAUUUGCUAACAAAACUCUUGCGGAAACUUCUUCAGAAUCUGACGCUCCAAAAUUCUUAACUUCAUCCAAAAACCGUAAACGUACAAAUAAUUCAAACAGUAACAAUGUAUUGAAUAAAAAACAUACACUGCAGGGUAAUGAUGAAAGUAGUGAUGAAGAACAGACUAAUACAUCAAUAAUUGAUGUACCGCCAUAUCCAAAAUGUCCAAAUUUGGAAACAAUCGUAGAAGAAAAAAGCAACACAGAUAAAAUCAAUUAUUGUGAUGAAGAUAAUAUUUCUAAUUUAUUACUAGUUGAUAAUGAAUAUAAUGAUUUUGAAGAAGAAUUAAAUAAUGGAUCUGAUACACAACAAUCCUUAGAAAAUAACUUAGCAGAUUUUGAAAUAGCUUCCAACUCACUUGUUGAAAUACCGCCUGAAGUAAACAAAGAAAAAGCUAUAAUCAAUUCAUCGUUAUCAACUACAAAUAACUGCAGUGAUUCAGAAUUCCAAAGGCAAGUCAUGAGACAACUUGUCACUCUGAACGCUAGAUCUGAGGAACACACAAAGUAUCUCGAUGUUAUUAUGGUUAUGGUUAACGACCUCAAAGAUAAGUUACAACAUACAAAUCGACUAGAAACAUCAAUAAAUGGCCGUCAUGAAGUAGAGAAUGUUUUAUCCAAAUUUCCUGUAACUGAUGAAACUGCAUUAAAUGAAAUAACCACGGACUUAAAUAGUAAUUCUUCACUCUAUGAUCAAAUUGUUAAAACUUUGGCAUUAAUUGGAGGAUCAUCUUUCAAAGAGUCUGUCAGGCGCAUCUUAAGGAAGUUGAUCACUGAUGAUUAUGCUAAAUCAUUUAGUUAUACUGGGCACAAGAACAAUAAACAACCAUUUAAUAAAACUAUUUUGGCAUCAUUACUCACAAGAGCUGUUCAUUCGUCUAGCAAUAAUUCAGGGAAAACAUUAAAAGAAAUCGAAUCAGUUGCAAGUAUUUGGCUUACCAAGGCAGGGGAAAGAGCUAAUAAGACUGCUAUAGUUUUAAACAAUGUUAAUAUUAAUUAGUUUUAACAUAGAAAUAUGUUCUUAUUUUUUUUUUUACACAGUAUAUAUAAAA